CCAAUCCUUUUGAGUUGAGAAGAAAGGGAAUGGCGAGCCACCUUCCAACUUCAACUCUUUCCCUAUGGACUCAUGUCUCUAAAAUUGGAAUUGGAAGUCAAUUGACGUUCCCAAAAACGAAGCUGAAUCUACGUUCAAGAUUUUCAAUUGGGUGUGCAGUUUCGGUUGUCUCUGAGCCAAUUCUAACCAACAAUGGCAAACCAUUCCCAGCUGAGGUAUCGAGAACAAUUCUGGAAUUAUCUUCAGAUGGCACUUUAUCCACCCCGACCCAAGAUGGUUGGCCUUUAGGUAUUGGUGUACGUUUCGCUGUUGACCCUCAUGGCACUCCAGUACUCUUUCUCAAUCACUCAACUUCCAGUUUCGCUCUCAAUUCCAAGUCUAGCUUCCUUGUUCAGUUGCAACAAUAUGGGUUGCGGACUCCACAGUGCACCAUACAGGGGACACUACAAAAACCACAAGAUACCACAGCUUUGAAGAAGCUUCAUUCAGUUUGGGAAAAAAAAUUUGGGCAUGAAGUAGAUGAGGAUCGCUUAUUUUUGCUUUCUGUGGAACGGGUACUUCAGAUUGAAGAUUUUGCAGAGGAUGGAAUUUGGGUCACUUCAUCAGACUAUAAGUCAGCGAACCCUGAUCCUCUUCGAGACUUUGCAGAAAGAAUGAUUGACGAGAUAAAUACUAACAAUAGGGAAGACAUCUUACGGUUUUGCAACAUCUAUGUAGAUUUGGAUUUCCAGGUUUGCGAUGGCAAGAUGCUUUGGGUUGAUAGAUUAGGUUUUGAUGUCCGGUUCAAGUCUCCUCUGAAUGAUGUAUUUGAAGCUCGUAUCCCUUUUCCGAGAGAAGUUACAGAUGAGAAGGGUGCAAAAUCAUCUUUCAACUGCAUGUCUCAAUUUGCCUGGGAAGUAGAAAAGAAUUUCCAUGGUGCAGAUUUUGAAAAGGUGAAACAAGUGAAAAAGAUGGAGCACAGAGGACUGUGAAGAAUCA